UCUUUCACCAAACUCAUGGAAUCCACGACAAAUUUGUUUCUAACCAUCUUGUUUUAAUUUCUAUAUUGUAGGAGAAGUGUGUAUGGCACACACUUGAUGAAGAGCUGGUUGAGAUAAAUUUUAGGAAAAGAGCAUCGGCACGACUUUCAGAUAUGCUUAGGCGUGCCAGAAAUGGAUAUGAAGAAAGAGGGAUCAGACCUCUAUGGAUGGGAGAAAAUGUGUUUAAAGAAAUGCUUGUUUAUUGGAAAUCAGAUGAGUUUAAGAAAAAAUCUGAAAAAGCAAAGAAACGUAGAGCAUCAGAAAGGGGAGCCGCCAAUCAUAGAGCCGGAAGCAUUAGUAUUGCUGAUCAUGCUGAACGAAUGGCUGUGGCUAAGAGAAGAGCUCCAUUAAUGCAAGAGCUUCACGAGAGGACUUAUCGGGGAAGAGAUGGAGAGUAUUGCGACGACCGUGCUAGAGAUACUCAAGCGGAGUACCAAAGGUUGAAGAAGGAGUUUUUAGCUAAACAUCCUGAGCUAGGCGGUCCACAUGGACGAUAUCCUCUUGAUCCAGCUAUUGAUCAGUAUUUGUGGUUGCAAGCAAGUAAGGGAAAGAAGAGAAAUGGAAAAAUUUAUGCUACAGGACCUUUAGCUAGCAACUACAAAAAAGGGGAUAGGUAUUCUUUAUUUAGGAGAAUUGCAGACGGGGAAGGAUCUUCACGUCCUCCGACAUUAACCCCUGAAAUAACUGAAACAAUUAAACAACUAGCUCAGAGUGAAGCAGCACGUGAAAAUGAAGCAUUGAGAAAAAAACAAAUGGAGUUGGAGGAAGCAUUGAGACUUUCACAAGAGCAAAUGAUGCUUACUCAACAACAAAUUCAACAACAAGUGCAACAACAAAUACAACAACAAAUGCAACAACAAAUGCAACAAAUGCAACAAUUCUUUCGACAACAAUAUGGUGGUGGUGGAUUUGGAGCGGUUGGUAACCAAAGAGUAGUAGACGAGAAUGAUAAAGAAAGCGAAAAUAAUGCGGACGACCCGGAUCCUAAGUGAAUAUUAUUUUGAAUUUAAAUAUUAUGGAUAAUCAUGAAUUUCUUUAUAUUAAAUAUGCAUUUCUUUAUAUUAAUUAUG